CGUUUCCGCCCGGCGCAUUUGAACUGCUCGCAUUAUUAUUAAUCAAGCACGUCUUCAAUUGAGAAUAGCUUCAGUGUAUUUGUUGAACUGUUUCCGACCUUCUUCAUUCGUUACUCAUUGCCAAGGCCAUACCCUGCCAUAUCUACAUCAUGUCCUGGCUUUUCGGUUCAUCCAGCGGCUCUGCUGAGAAGACUCCCGCGUCCGUCGCGACCCAGACACCAGCGGCAGAGAAGCCCAAGCCAUGUUGCGUAUGCAAAGACGAAAAGACAACCCGAGAUGAUUGUAUGCUUUUCUCCAAAUCCGAUGACCCGACGCAAGAAUGCAAGUCCGUGAUCGAGCAGUACAAGGCCUGCAUGGCCGGGUACGGUUUCAAGGUCUAAACUUUGUGCCCUGAUCCUGCCCAAAGUCAAGUGUGUUUAUGCAUUUACUGCGCCGUACGAGACAGUCUACGAGAAUUUUGUGUAUUAUAAAGUUGCAAGGAUGCUGCCGACAUGUGAUAGAAUGGAGGCGAACCUCUACGGCAUUGACUCGGUGUUAUGGUCAUGGGUUUGAUCUGGGUUUCAAAUGUACAUUAGUUUGCAUAUCGUAGUUCUAUAGGACUAAUCUCCUUUCCAUUCGCUUGAUUUGCCCAAUUGUCCAGACCGAAUAUAUGCGGUCGAGCUUCCAUAUAUGUGAUUUUCGUAGGACAUUUAUGGCACAUUAUAUUUGAC